CUCACAGGACAGGUGUCAUCACCCCACCCAUUUUUCAUGCAUAUAAGGUGUUCGACGUUUGUUCCCAAAGAACAAAAAUUUAAAAAACCCAGUUUGUGAGCCGCCUGUUACUACAUACGCAAGUUAGAGGGCGAUUUUAGUAGAAAAUAAAUAAUAUCAGAGUGGGAGAAGAAGAAGAUAAGAAGAGGAAUGGCGUCGCAGCAGCAGGACAGGGCGGAGCUUGACCGGAGGGCCAGGGAGGGGGAGACGGUGGUGCCUAGCGGAACCGGCGGCAAAAGCCUCGAAGCCCAGGAGCGUCUUGCUGAAGGAAGGCACAAAGGAGGAGAAACUCGGAAGAAGGAACUGGGGACCGAAGGGUAUCAGGAGAUGGGACGCAAAGGCGGUCUCAGCACUGGAGACGAGUCCGGUGAGGAACGUGCCGCUCGCGAGGGCAUCGAGAUCGACGACUCCAAGUUCCGAACCCACAAAUAAACUUCACCUUCUCAAUAAUGUAUAUGUAUAUAUAGUCGUCUACCUUACGUACCUAGCCAGUUUUUCAAAAUCUCUGGUUUCUUUUGCUAAUGUAAUAAUAAGAUCGACGAUCGGUCGGGUCGAGUAUCCGACCCGACCGCGUUCGGAAACUAUGUAGGUGGUCAUGGUAACGGUAAGGUAGGUGUAGUGUAGUGCGUGUGGGGUUGUUUUUUACUCUCAAUGAAUAAAUCUGGACCUUUUUA